AUGUGGCUUCCCUCUUGCCACGAAGGCAAGAUAAACAGCGGCGGGGGAGAUUGGAUAUCCCAGCGCCGCCGCGUCUCUGUGAUGGAAAUUGCCUUGAAGUCAUGCCCUCUCGACACUUCCUCUUCAACUAUCUUGAAUACCCCACACAAACGGAAGAGAGGUCAAAGCCCGGUCAAGGAACUCAUUAAAGCCACCCAGCUGGAUACUGCGGUCGCCUCGUCUCUUACUUCUUCACCGUCACAUAAACGUGCCAAGCUGCUACGGAUCGAAAUACCUUCCAACCUGAAUUCUGGCCUAAGCGACACAAUUACCCCUACCCUCUCGGAUUCUUCGCUUUUUACCGCUUCCCCCACCACUGACUCCAUAUUCGGGGACCUAGAUGAUAUACCUUCUAUCGUGCCUUUGCCCGACGCAUUUCUCGCAACGAGGAAUGCACCGCCUAUCCCUGGGCUAUUUUUCGACCCCACUAUUAUCCUCCCUCAAGACCUAACUGACUCCGUAAUGGGAUUUUGUAUGAAAACCUACUUUAAAUAUCCGAGGUCCAAUCAAGUAAUGCUAUUUGGUCGACUGAUACCGACGCCCGACACCACCUCUGGGCUUCCAACUAUCCUCCUUGAACUUCUCGAGAAGCUGUCUGUCCUCCUCAAACCCACCGUACCCUCAGAUACCUACGCCAUUCUCUUUCCCGAGAAGCCCACAAUGGCACGACAAGCUAUCAUAAAUUUAUACCAACCAGGAGAGGGCAUAACCCCUCAUGUCGAUCUUCUUGGACGUUACGGAGACGGUAUCAUCGGCGUCAGCUUCAACAGCGGCAGUGUUAUGCGCUUCGACAAAGUUGUGCCUACAGAACCCGCGGCGGAGUCGGAGAAGUCUGAACACCGCACACGAUUGGACUUGUACCUCCCAGAGAGGAGCAUCGUUAUCCUUUCAGAAGAAGCAAGAUACCACUGGACACAUGGUAUCGAAAAGAAGACGAGAGAUUUCGUCUCGCUUUCGACGGUGGAUGGUGAUUCAAUAGAUGCCUCCGGCUUAGAGAAAGGAGCCUGGAUUGAGCGGGGUGUUCGCAUGAGUAUCACCUUUCGGUGGUUGCUUCCAGGUGCAGAUGUUGUUGGAGAGCCCCAAGGAUCGGACUAG